UUUGAGAUCACAUGACCAUUUGUCACAUGAUCUGAAGGAUAGGCUAGCCUGUCUCGAGAGUAACUGUAAGACUAUAUUUUUUCAGACUUGGCAAAAUGAGCUGUGGGCGUGUCCUGUUGAGUUUAGGCCUGUUAGCAGUGACUGUAGCAUACUUCCUGUACACGCCUUUCCCAGAUGACGCCGUUGACUCGAGUGUACAGAUGAAAGUCUCUAUCCAGUCUGGUCUGAAUUUCAUGACGUGCGAUUUCAAAGAAUACAUUGGGUAUUCGACUUUCCAAAAAUGUGCAAGAAAUGUAGACAAUCCAGGAAUUAUUCACGCCACGGAAGACCUAUCCGAUGCUGAUGUAAAGGUAACGGAAAUGUUAUUUGACGGUGUCAAAGUGAGGCUGUAUGAGCUACGUGACAACAGCGUGAAGCGCCCUCUACCAGCGGUAGUGUUUUACCACGGUGGCGGCUGGAUACUUGGAUCUGUAGAGGAGUACGAUUCAUUCACGAGGACAUUGUCUACGUCACUUCCGGCUGUUGUAGUCUCGGUCGAAUACAGACUAGCACCAGAGUACACAUUCCCUAUACCGUUCGAGGACUGCUUGAUAGCCACCAAGUAUUUCAUGAAAAACGCCAAGACGUUCGGUGUCGAUGCCAGUCGGAUAGCCCUGUCAGGGGACAGUGCAGGAGGAAACCUGGCGAUGGCUGUCGGAACUAAACUUACCCAGGAACGACAACCCCCUCGACUCCUUGGUCUGAUCUACCCGGCGCUCCAGAUGGUAGACUUUAAAACGCCAUCGUAUAACACAUACAAAUCAUUCCCAUUUAUAUUAAAGACAGAUAGAAUGGCUAAAUUGUACUUGCGAUAUGUUUUUGGAAAUGAAGACCAUUUAGAUGAAUUCUUGGAAAACCAACACAUAACAGCGGAAAUGCGUAAAACAAUCAACUCUAAAGUAAAUGUCGAGCUCUUGCCCGAAAAAUACCACAAGUUACAGACCCGCCCUCGGGAUUUUAAACCUGUCGAUAAAAGUCUAGCGGAGAAAGUAGAGAAAUUUGUCACCAACGUAUAUGUUUGUCCUCUUAUGCUAGACGAUGAAAUGUUAUCCCAGCUCCCAAAAACGUACUUGUUAACCUGUGAAUAUGACCCUUUGAGAGACGACGGCUUGAUGUUAGCAAAGCGUUGGAAAGACCUUGACUUUCCGGUUAAUCACGUGCACUGGGAAGGCGUGCAACACGGAUUUUUAACAGCAGCUCGAACUAACCGUUCAACAGAGGCAAUGAGAGAUUAUAUUGAUUAUCUGAGAGAAGAACUUUAACUGAGGGCAAAGUUUCAAAUACACUAUGCUUAUAUGCCCGAAUAUAUUUUAAAAUAAUUAGUGUAUGUUAUAAACAAAAAAUUAUUGUACCUUUUUAUUUUGCUUUUCUUUCCCAACAUGUGCUUCCUGAAAUGAUGCUUUAACACUUUUACAGUGUGGUAGUAGACCAUUAUGUUAAUACUUGUAUUGUUAAACACGUAGGAUAUACAUAAAAGAAAACUGCUGGACGUCAUCCAUUUGAUGACGUCAUGUCGGAAGUUGUUGACCCUCUAAUAAGAGCGCGGCCACAAGUUAUAAUAGUAAUUUAUUCUAUGAUCCUCGAGACAACUAUUAAUCUUUGGAUGAAUGUAUGUUUGUGUAUGGUGACAAUAUUUGUGUAUGGUGACAACUGUUGGUCCUUGGAUGAAGAUAUAUUUGUGUAUGAUGACAUUUGUAUAUUGUGACAAUAGUUGUAUAUGGUGACAUUUGUGUUUGGUGACAACUGUAAAUCCUUGGAUAAUUUUGUGUAAGAUGACAAUUGUUGAUCCUGGCUCAUUAGUGUUGUCUGGUUGACUGUCCAUGGACUAAAUGUGUAUGGACACUGUUUUCAUCGUGGUUGAAGAUAUGAUGAACAUGUUGAUUAUUGGCUGAAGGUUCUCUCAACAUCCAAGUUCAUUAAAGCACGAUCUUACCUUGUGUACGAGAUGCAUGUGUGUGGUAAAUGUGUGAGUGCUUGUUUUUGGAGGCUGCUGAAUGUUUGUGUGUGGUAGCGCGGAACUGAUGCCAACUUUACAGUGCUAUCUCACUGACGCAUACUACCGAAGACACCCAGCAGGACAUCCCGCCCGGUCAGACGGACGAACCAGUCCUCCUACUCCCAAAAAUGCUGAGCGCUAAGCAGAAGUAGUAACUACCAUUAAAUACAUAGAUUAUUGAAUGACUUGCCAUCUACAUUUAUACGGAUUAUCUCCCUUGCACCGUGCUUGCUUCAGUAUCCCGACUCGUGCAAUGAACAAGAUUGUGUAGCAUAAAAAAACCCGGAUAGAUGUUGAACGGUACAUUUCCCCCCAUAUCGUUUAAAACGUAUGAGGAUUCCUUUAAAAAUGACAAUGUUUAAUUUCAUUGAUAAUAAAGCAUGUUGUUCAGUUUUGUUUGUUUUUUUUUUUUUUAAUUUCACUGUUCAUCAUAAUAAAAUAACAAUGCUAUGUGUCAUUAUCCAAAACUUUGUUUACUCCGCUGUGUGUAAUUUCGGUAGGACUGUUAUUGUCUAACUUUUCGGAGACAUGUCAUGUAGGUUUUUCCAGGUAGGUACAUGUAUAAUGCAUAUAUAUGGAACCAUUCCUAAUAUAGGCUCUGUAUACUUAUGGAAUUAAAGUAAUUUUCUGAAAACUGAA